AUGGAUUUCCCACAUUUCCAACUCCAAGCAGGAUUGGCGGCGACCAUGUUCUCGCCAGACGUAGUGCCAGCGCUUUGGGGCCAGUUAGACGACUCAAAACAAGGUAUCCAUCAAACCCCCCCCGCAGCCACCCUUGAGAGACAUGAUGUGAGAGAGAGUGUUGGCGAUAGUAGCUCAGAACUUCGUCGACCGGCUCGCAAGAGCAGUGCGAGGUCGCUUUCGAGUCUUUUCAGGCGCAAGAAGCGCGACAAUAGCGGCGUCUAUAGUGGCAGCCAGCUAUCGAUUGUUUGGAGCUCUGAGCAUGAGGACAAUGACGCCACCGACAUGGGUGAGCGUCCUCAGUUGGAUGAUGAGACUCUGUGCGAGGAAACUACAGAAGACUUCGGUCAACAAAAAGAGGUCGAAACCUCCAAAGACCGCGGACAGCUUCAAGCACUGUCUCCUGAACAGUUUGCUGCUUUCGCGGAGGAAUUCGUCACUUCCAACGAGGAAGACAUCGACACACUUCAUGAUGACCACUCGGUGACCGAAGAAGCAAGUGAGAGAGACAACAAUCUCUCAGACCGCGGCCGUGUCCACAAGCACCAAAGAUUCGAAUCCCUCCGCGUCAACUUCUCACACGAGGAAGUCCGCCGCAUCGCCCAAGAGAUCUACGACAAGACUGUCGCCGAGGUCAACCUCUCCCUCUUCAGCUACUGGAUCAACGAAAGUAGCAAGAACUACGAAGAAGCCAGUCUGCACAUCCGCGAGCUGCGCCUCGACCACGGCUACAACCUCGCACGUAUCACCAACCCACACCUCCGCACAUUGAUGCAAGAAGUAUUCACCCAACGCCCCAUAGAAGCCCGCAUCGCGCUGCAAGAACGAGCCUCGCGCAGCAACUUGAGCGUCACCACUAGCUCGAUGCGCAGUGGUAGUAAAGGCGAUUUCUCCGUCUUCCCGCGCAUCGAUGCGCUUCCGCCAAUCCUGCGUGUCGAACGGCAGCGUGCCAUGAGUCAGGCGGCACAGCGCUCGACGUCGCUGGCGUCGAUGGCGUCGGAGCUUAGGGUUUACCCACCAAACACACCUGAUCGUCCGUUGCCGCUUACGCUGAGAUCGCCGACUACUAACUCAACGCUGAGUACGCAGCCGACGCUGCCAUUUGGGUUUCCGUCUCCCGGGGCGCCUGUUCAAAUCAGCGACGGUGUGUACUCGGGUUUGACUUCGUAUACGGGGUCACUUUGCGACGACGAUGGUGACGGUAACAAUGACGGUGUUGAAGAAGUAGAUGAAGAGGCUCUCUGGCACGAACGAGUCGCCGAUGUUGUUGAGAGCGUCAUGGUGCUAGAAAAGCCGGACCAGAUCAACAAGGUGAUUGAAGAAUUGGAGGGGCUCAAGUCUUUGUACUUGUAG